UUGGUUUCGUUAUUUUUGUUUCUCUCGCCGUUUUCCUGUUUUCCUUCACCAUGCCUGAGCCCGCUAAGUCAGCUCCUGCUCCUAAGAAGGGUUCUAAGAAGGCUGUGACUAAGGCUCAAAAGAAGGACGGGAAGAAGCGCAAGCGCAGCCGCAAGGAGAGCUACUCCGUGUACGUGUACAAGGUGCUGAAGCAGGUUCACCCCGACACUGGCAUCUCCUCCAAGGCCAUGGGCAUCAUGAACUCGUUCGUCAACGACAUCUUCGAGCGCAUCGCGGGUGAGGCUUCUCGCUUGGCGCAUUAUAACAAGCGCUCCACCAUCACUUCUAGAGAGAUCCAGACAGCCGUGCGCCUACUGCUUCCUGGAGAGCUGGCCAAGCACGCUGUUUCCGAGGGUACUAAGGCCGUCACAAAGUACACCAGCGCCAAGUAAACUUCCCAACACACACAGGGAGGGACUUCCUCUGGAAUUUCCUGAUCUGACCAAGAAAGCUUCUUACCAAAAAAACCACAGUUGCCUUCUAUCCCCUCUCGGUUUACCUCAAGGUCUACGGUGGAAAAGAGGAGAGAACAAUGCCACCCCACCUGGAUGGACUUUUGCACUAGAUAAUGCCUGCCUGUCUGCCUCUUGGGUUUAUUCAAAUUCCAAAGAGAAUUAUUUGUAAGUUAAUUUGUGUCUCCCUGGCCCAUUCAUUGUCUCUAAUAAUCAUUUACUGCCUCUCAAAAGAAUUGUCUAUAUUAACUGUCUCCUCCUUUCCCUAUGAAAAAGGGUAUAUGAGCUUCUGUACCUCAUUGAGGGGUUGGGUAAUCAGUGAUGCCUGUCCCCAUACCUUAAUAAAUUUGUAUGCCUUUCUCCUAUUUAUCUGCUUUUGGCAGUUGAUUGGGGAGUGAACAUUCUGAGGGCUAAAAUGAAGUUUUCCUUUGACCUCUACACCACUAGCAGUUCCUGUUA